CGAGCGCGCCGCCGCCGCCGACAUGAACUGCCUCCAGAACCUGCUCAAGGAGCCUCCGAUCGUGGGAUCCAGAUCGAUGAGGCGGCCCUCGCCGCUCAACCUGGCCAUGGUGCGCGGCGGGAGUCGCCGGUCCAACACCGUCAAGACCGCAACCGGGGCGUCCACCUCAAGCGCGGAGAGCAGCGCGCUGGAGCCGGGCGCGGAGAAGUCCGACUCCUACAGCACCAACAUGACGCAGGCCAUGGGAGCAGUGUUGACGUAUAGGCAUGAGCUUGGAAUGAAUUACAAUUUUAUAUGCCCGGACUUGAUCGUAGGCUCCUGCUUACAGAGCCCACUUGAUGUUGAUAAACUUCGCGAGAUUGGUGUGAAAACUGUAUUCUGCUUGCAGCAAGAUCCAGACCUUGAAUAUUUUGGAGUUGACAUCAGUGCAAUUCAAGACUACUGUCUAGAAUGUAAAGAUAUUGAGCACUGCCGUGAAGAAGUUAGGGAUUUUGAUGCUUUUGAUUUGCGACUGAGGCUUCCUGCUGUGAUUAGCAAAUUGUACAAGCUUGCCAGCCGUAAUGGUGGGAUAACAUAUAUACAUUGUACAGCCGGACUUGGAAGAGCUCCUGCCGUGGCACUAGCAUAUAUGUUCUGGAUUCUUGGUUACGAUCUGAACGAAGGACAUCGACUACUACAGAGCAAAAGGCCUAGCUUUCCAAAGUUGGAAGCCAUCAAAUUGGCAACUGCUGACAUUCUGACGGGCUUGUCAAAGAACUGCAUCACGUUGAAGUGGAAAAAUGGUAGUUGUUCUUCUGUUGAAAUUUCGGGGCUUGAUAUUGGGUGGGGACAGAAAAUUCCCCUGGCAUAUGAUAAGGAGAAAAGAGCAUGGUUUCUUGAGAGGGAGUUACCUGAAGGACGGUAUGAGUACAAAUAUGUAGUGGAUGGCAACUGGUUGUGCAACGAACAUGAGAUGAAGACCAAACCAAACGCUGAUGGCCAUGUGAAUAACUACAUACAGGUCUCUAGGGACGACACGAGCGUUGAGGAGCAAGAAAUGAGGGAGCGGCUGACUGGUCAAAACCCUGCUCUUACAAAAGAAGAAAGGCUGAUGAUCAAAGAGUACCUGGAACAAUACAGCGAGCAAUGAGAGGUUUGCCCAAAUCAUCUGGGCUUCUGUGCUGCAUGUUUCUCUUUUGCAUGUACACUCUAGUGCGUAAACGAAUUGUUUGGAUCAUCAGACAGCACCUAACUCAUAUAGCCUAUAAAUCUGCAGAACAUUCCUUGCUCGAACUGCCAGGGGUGCCAUCAGCUCGCUGUGGAGGCAGGAACACCAGCUGAUGGAAAUAGGCCUGCGCAGCGGUCAGCUCUCCUCACCGCCAUGUGGAUAGCAGCUUAACUGGAAAUAGUUGGCUUGCAGAAUAAUAAUAAUAAUUACUAUUAGUAUGACCUUCCUCCGUAGACAGAUGCUGCCUCAGAUGACAGCAAUUAGUGUCCCCUGAUACAGUCUUAGCCUAAAAUAAAUAAGCGGCUGUGAACAUGUGUAACGUAUGUACAUCUGAAUAAAAUCAGUAAUUUCCUUGGUACAUGACUGUGGGACCUGAAUGCCUGAUGGUUGGUGUUGUUCCAUUCCAUCAGCUGAACUGAGCUGGUCCUAACAUUGACUUGUUUUGUUAUACUGUAUUCGUCUCGCUCAAGUAUGGUCUUAGAUUUUUCA